CUUGUCCUUCUCAAAGUUAGAAAAUUAAAUUAAUAAUAAUAAUAACUACCUGUGGCUCCCGGAAUUGUUUAUAGUCAUACCUUGAUGGGCGACACAAUUAUUUCACAACAGUGCUAUCUCCAAUGUGAUUGAUUCUAGCAACAAAUGGCUUUUGCUUUCCUCCUGUUUUCCUUCAUAUUUUUGCAACCAAUGUCUGUUGUAGCUCAAAUUGCUGGCAAUAUUAGCUUUGGCGCUUCUAUCCAUGCGACUGAAAACUCAUCUCCAUGGAUUUCUCCUUCAGGUGAUUUUGCCUUUGGUUUCCGACAACUCGACAACGACAAAGAUCUCUUCCUGGUUGCUAUCUGGUAUAACAAGAUACCAGAUAAAACCAUAGUUUGGUAUGCUAAUGGAGACAAGCCUGUACCAAGCGGAUCAAAACUUGAGCUGUUUUACGACACCGGGCUUGUGGUCAACGGUCCCCAAGGUGAACUCUUAUGGAAAGCUAAGACCAGUAACACUACUUUUGUAGCCUAUGGUUUUAUGAAUGAUACUGGAAACUUUGUGCUUCUGAAUGAGAAUUUGCUUGUAGUAUGGGAGAGCUUCAAGAAUCCUACUGAUACGAUGUUACCAACUCAGAUACUGGAGAUAAACGGGGUGCUUUCUUCUCGACACAGAGAGAACAAUUUCUCAAGAGGAAGAUUCCAGUUUCGUUUGCGUGAAGAUGGAAACGCUGUGCUCACUCCCAUGGAUUUGUUAUCAGACAACACUUACGAUCCAUACUACAUCACUAGCACCGGUGAUGCAAUAAAUUCAACAAAUUCUGGUUACCAAGUUAUCUUCGAUGAAAGUGGCUACUUUUAUGUAUUGAGUAGAAAUAAUACAAAAUUUUAUCUCACCCCAAAGGGGAAUGUUCCUGCUGCAAACUCUUAUCAUAGAGCAACUCUCAAUUUUGAUGGGGUUUUUACCUUGUCUUAUCAUCCAAAGGAUUUUACUGCCAACCAAAGCUGGACUGUUAUCAAGACAAUUCCAGAUAAUAUCUGCAGGUCAAUCUAUGGAGAAAUCGGAAGUGGGGCUUGUGGAUACAAUAACAUUUGUACACUAAAAAAUGAUAGCAGGCCAUCAUGUAAAUGUCCACCAAAGUAUUCUUUGCUUGAUCCUAAUGAUGAGUAUGGCAGCUGCAAACCAGAUUUCAUACUAGGCUGUCAAGCAGAUGGCCAGUGGUCCCAAGAAGAUCUAUAUGAUAUAGAGGAGCUACCUAAUACAGAUUGGCCAACUUCGGAUUAUGAACUUUCACAGCCUUUUACUGAACAACAGUGCAGAGAAUCUUGCUUGAAGGAUUGCUUGUGUGCCAUUUCCAUUUUCAGAGCUGGGGAUAAAUGUUGGAAGAAGAAGCUACCACUGUCAAAUGGAAGAACUGAUAAUAUCUUUUAUGGCUUAAAGGCUUUUGUCAAGGUUGGGAGAGGUGAUCAACUUAAUCCUCCUCCUCUGUUGCCAAAUAAGAAUAGCCAAGAGAAGAGUCAAAACAAAUUAAUAAUUUUGUUGGCUGUGCUUCUGACAAGCUUAGUCAUUGUGAGUUGGUUGGGUUUCAUAUUCAUUUACCGCAAUAAACGCACAAUAGUUCCUCGAGAUUCUGAUGUGGAAACGAAUUUGCGGUGUUUCACCUACAGGGAGCUCCAAGAAGCUACAAAUGGGUUCAAACUUGAGCUGGGAAGGGGGGCUUUCGGUGUAGUCUACAAAGGAACAAUAACACUGGGGUCCUCUGUUCAGGUUGCAGUGAAGAAGUUAAACAAUAUAGCACAAGAUGGUGAGAGAGAAUUUAGAACUGAAGUGAAUGUUAUUGGCCAAACUCAUCACAAGAAUUUAGUUCGACUACUUGGAUUUUGUGAAGAAGGGACCCAAAGAUUGCUGGUAUAUGAGUUCUUAAGCAAUGGCACCUUAGCAAACUUACUUUUUGGUGAGUUCAAACCGAGUUGGAAUGAAAGACUACAAAUUGCUUUUGGCAUAGCAAGAGGGCUUCUAUACUUACAUGAAGAGUGCAGUACUCAAAUUAUCCAUUGUGAUAUAAAGCCUCAAAACAUACUUUUAGAUGAGUACUACAAUGCUCGUAUUUCGGACUUUGGCUUGGCUAAGCUUUUAUCGCUUGAUCAGAGCCAAACCAGUACUGCCAUUAGAGGAACAAAAGGAUAUGUUGCACCCGAAUGGUUUAGGAACUUGCCCGUAACAGUGAAAGUGGAUGUCUACAGCUUUGGUGUUUUGCUGCUAGAGAUCAUUUGCUGUCGACGAAGUGUAGACAUGGAUGCUUUAGGAUCGGAGAAAAUCAUUUUAAAUUAUUGGGCAUAUGACUGCUACCAACAAGGAACAUUAGAUGCCAUUGUUGAAAAUGACGUGGAAGCUUUAGAUGACAGAGGGAAGCUGGAGAGGUUUCUGAUGGUUGCCAUUUGGUGCAUACAAGAAGAUCCUUCUUUACGCCCCACCAUGAAAAAGGUGACUCAGAUGCUUGAAGGAGUUCUUCAGGUUCCCGUUCCUCCAUGUCCCACUCCAUAUAAUUUGACGAACUAAAGGCCAGAUCUUGUCUCUGCACAACAUUUUAUCAUCACACUAGAUAUUUUACUUUUGAAGUUUUCUCAGGCAAGUAAUUUUCUGUGAUUUUUAUACCCUCUUUUAG